AUGACAAAAAAUCCAGUGAAUGCAAAUGAACCUUAUGUGGCGUAUUUAACAGAUGGUGAAAUCGAUGACUUACACCAAUCGAUUACAUGCCCACAAUGUAUACCGAAUUUUUAUACAACUCGUACUGGCUUAGAAUGUCGUCGUCAUUUUUGUGAAGUUUGUGGUCGAUUAGCUAAAUCGAAUUUAAAAACUGGUCCACUAAAUGUAAAAUAUGCUGGAGUAUUACAACGUCAAUCCGAUUGGAUAUCAAGUACCACAAUGCCGGAUGCUUUGAAACAGUCACGUGAUGCCAUGAUAUAUUACAGUAAAUAUAAACAUUGAAUGAAUGAAUGAAUGACGACUAAUGGGCGAUUAGUAUUCACAGCGUUGUAUGAAUUUAAAUAUAGAUUUUUUCUUUAAGACUUACAGAAAAAUAUUC